AUGGAAGGAAGGAAGGAAGGAAGGAAGGAAGGAAGGAAGGAAGGAAGGAAGGAAGUGGAAGGAAGGAAGGAAGGAAGGAAGGAAGGAAGGAAGGAAGGAAGGAAGGAAGAGGAAGGAAGGAAGGAAGGAAGGAAGGAAGGAAGGAAGGAAGGAAGGAAGGAAUUGGAAGGAAGGAAGGAAGGAAGGAAGGAAGGAAGGAAGGAAGGAAGGAAGGAAUCGGAAGGAAGGAAGGAAGGAAGGAAGGAAGGAAGGAAGGAAGGAAGGAAGGAAAGGGAAGGAAGGAAGGAAGGAAGGAAGGAAGGAAGGAAGGAAGGAAGGAAGGAAUCGGAAGGAAGGAAGGAAGGAAGGAAGGAAGGAAGGAAGGAAGGAAGGAAGGAAACGGAAGGAAGGAAGGAAGGAAGGAAGGAAGGAAGGAAGGAAGGAAGGAAGGAAGGGGAAGGAAGGAAGGAAGGAAGGAAGGAAGGAAGGGGAAGGAAGGAAGGAAGGAAGGAAGGGGAAGGAAGGAAGGAAGGAAGGAAGGAAGGAAGGAAGGAAGGAAGGAAGGAAAGGGAAGGAAGGAAGGAAGGACCCGCUCCGGCGUUCCACAGCGCCCCGCCGCUCGGUGUGCACGCCUGGGUGGGACACAGUAACAGCCCCUACGCCGCCAACGCAAAAGCAAAAACAACCGUACACUCCAUCGCAGUCGCAGCUUUUCUUCGCAAGGUAAGUUGUUUAUUCGUCGCCGUUUUGGCGAACCUCCCUGGACAGCUGCGGCAGCGACGGCAGCUGCGCCGCGGGCGCCAAGCUCCCAGCCUCUUCCUUCCUCCGCCCUCUCAGGGUUGCCUCUUACCCUCACCCUCUUCCCUCCUAUCCCUGCCUUUUCUCUUCUUGCCCUCUCGUGGGCCACGCAAACACCCGGAGACACCCUCUGCACUUGGCUACUCACACUGCGUCUUAACCCAGCCGACAAGGCACGCUUGCCAAAGAGGCGCGGGUGUGCGUGUGCGGGGUCCGCGUUCAGAGGCCAAAGGAGGGUGGCGUGGUAGAGCCCUUCUCCUCCCGGCCGCGACCCCUUGCCCACUCUCUUUCCCUAAUCUCGGCCUGCCAGCAAAAGUGACACCUGAGCAGGGACUGGGCGGUGGAGGCUGCAGGCCCGCUGGUCCGGCAGCUGGGAGAAAACAGAGCAAGGGGCGGGGACAACGAGGAGGAGCGGGAGGAGGGACGAGCGGAGAGGCCGCCACCUGGCACUGA